AUGCGAAGCGCAAUUGUUGCCGUCUGCCUCUUGGCUGCCGCCGCCAUGGCAUCCCCAGUAGAACUCCAAGCCCGAAAGCCGUGUGGAUAUAGCUGUGACCCAUCCUACAUCAACGGCGGCAACACCGGCGGUGGUUUCUUCUACGACAACGAUCGGUCGAGUGACAGCAGAUACCACGACUCGGCAAACCAAUUCCAAUCCACUCCUUUCGGCACAUUCAGCAGCCAAAGGGAGAAUGACGCUGCCGCCUCCUCCCAUGAUCACACCCAAAUCAUCUCCAUCCCCGGCAUCGACGACGGCCGCCUGUACUAG